GCCGGCGACGGCCUCUCCCGCCCUCGGCGCUCGCUACUCUAUAUAUCCGCCCCUCCUAUAUAGACUACGUCACGUGAUUUUCUGCAGGGAGGCUGCCGGCCGCGGGUUGGGCAGAGCCGGGUGGCUGUGGAGGAGGAGAGAUGGCGGCGGCGGGCCCUGGGAAAGGGGAGCAGCAGCCGCCGGAGCCCCCACCGCGGAAAGGGGGUGAACCUGCCCGAGGCUCCAGAUCAGAUCAGAUUCUUCAGACGGGAACUGUUCUUCUCAAGGGCUUUAUCAGGGACCGAGUACAGUGCUGUGGAGACUCGGGACGUAUUGAUGCGACAAUGGCAGAGCUCGGGGUCUCAGAGUCUGAGGCUUGUGACCCGAAAACCAAGCAGCUGAGCGAUUGCCUGCGCCGAAUUGGAGACGAGCUGGAUGGGAACAUGGAGCUGCAGAGAAUGAUAGAGCAGGUUCAGAUGUAUCCUCCCAAGGAAGUUUUUUUCCGAGUGGCUGCAGAGAUGUUCUCGGACGGAACCUUCAACUGGGGCCGUGUGGUGGCUCUUUUUUACUUCGCUUGCAAGCUGGUCCUCAAGGCAAUUUGCACUAAAUUACCAGAGCUCAUAAGGACGAUCAUCAGCUGGACCAUGGAAUACAUCCAGAACCAUGUCCUGUCCUGGAUUCAAGCCCAGGGAGGAUGGGAAGGCCUCCUGUCCUACUUUGGAACCCCCACUUGGCAGACCAUUGCUGUGUUUGCCGCAGGUGUCUUGACUGCCUCGCUGACCUUCUGGAAAAUGUCUUAAUCCUCAGCCCCCCCACCAAAGGGGGGCCUUUUCAUUGUGAUGACAAAGCGGGGGAGUCACUUUCCCCCUCUUUUUUUCUAAUCAAAGAAUGAAAAUUGGCUAGGAUUUUCCCCCUCCUGUUAUGGGCAGGGGAGCCUUUAAAACAAACGCUGUCAUUAUCUUGGUGCCUUUUUUUUUCUCUUUUUAAGUGCACACCCUUUUUUCACCCAAGGAAUGUGUACUAUUUGGCUUUGCUUUUUGCCUAUCUGUGCCUCUUAGGGUCAGAGGACAUGGAGUGUGUCUGGGCUCUGGACUAUGAAAUGAAGGAUCUGAGUGGCUGUUCUUGUUUGCUGGAGGGUCUGUCGACGCUGCUGAAUUCCUGUUCAGUUUUCGAGGAAGAGGAUGACUCUCUCAGGUGGCAUCUCUCAAACUGAAGUGAGACCACUCUAGAAAUGCAGAUUGAGAAAUUGUCUGAGCAGAUGAUAGUAGUUUGGAUUUCAAGGCAACUCCUGACCCGGCUAAGAAUCAGCACUUCCGAGGAAGUGAAUUUAGGCAGAGACUCUGCAGAAACCGAUUUGUUUGUUGGGUCUUCGUUUUUUCUGUUUGCCUGUCCUUGUUUUGAAGAAACUUCCAUACCUGUUAAAACAGUAGGAAUUCCAGAGCCUUGUUUCAUUCUACCAGAUCCAUCUGUUUUUCUAGAGAAAAACUCUAGGUGGUGCUAAAGAGAAGCACUCAUCCAUAUGCCCCAAGUCAAGAAAGCAAGAGAAGUGCUUUUAGAAAGCAAUUGCUCUCCAAGUGGAACAGAAGACAUUGCAAGAAGGAAAUUCACCUGCUUUGUUCUGUCCCCUGGAAAAAGCUUUCAGAGGCUGGAGGGAGCCUUGGUGGCUUAGGAAGCAGAAGAAGUGAGGAGGGUUUGCAGGCUGGGUUUCUGUCUAUCCCACAGAGUUUUCUCAUCUCUUCUCCGUUCUGUAUUUUAAUGGAUUAAUUGUCCUCCAGGGGUUUAUUAGGCAAAAGGAAAAGAAGACGAAAAGCACCAAACUGUUCUGGCAAACCUUCCUACUCCAUGUGCCAGUGUGGAAUAUCUUAAUCCUACCUGUGAUGGGGCAUUUGGCUCAGCGCGGCUUCUCUCCUUUCCCCCACAUGCACAAUGAUAAGGUAUUGUGACUGCAUAUCAGCACAUAAUGCCCCGUAACCUGUGCUACCGUGCUGGCAGCGCACCUUGAAACACGUGGCGUUUACUUUCUUGCCAACAGGUGCUUGGAAACUUAACUACUCACUGUGAGGGGGCAGAGCUUUUGUCCUUGCCUAGCAGUCUUGGGUGCCGUCUGCCUCUUUGUUCCCCUUUCCUCCAGUUCAUCAGUUGCUCAUCGUAAUGGGUUCUCAAAAAUACUUAUUACCGGUCAGCAUCUUCCCUGAUGUUUCGGAGAAAGUUGUUCAUGGCAGAUGGAGACAGACAGGUGCGGGGCUGUCUGGCACAAGGGGGUGAAGGGUGGCAGAGAGCUGUGCUGCUGGAACUGCUGAGGUAUAUAUUGGGUGGUUUGGGGGCCUGCUUUGCCCCGUAACCGGCCAAAUCCACUUCCUGUAGUCCUCCUCUUAGUUAGACAACCUUUCAGUCACCAAGCCAUCCCUCCUGGGUGCCAGGAGAGAGCUGGGUGCAUGUGCCCGCUUCGAGGAAGCACAGGGGCUCAAAAUAAGGCACAAGUGAAUGGCUGGAGCAGUUUGGCCUUCUCAACUGUUUAACUUUGCUGAGGAACCGGAUAAUACUGCUUGAGGCUGGCAAAGAAGCUUCUGUCCCUGAUUCCAGUAGCAGAUGCUUCUCAGAGGCCAUCUUGGGAAGGGGAGGGUGAUGGCAUACAGCAGAGAAGGGUCCAACAGAGAAUGGCAUUUGGGUAUCUGAGUUGCUGCCUUCCAGAUGUUCUGAGCUACCGCUCCCAUCCCCCUCAGCCAACAGGGUGUGCUGGUGAGGCACAAGGGAAGGCUAGGUGAUUCCAUAAGCAGAGGCAAAAGGCUCAUGUGGUUGCCAAGGCCUGUGCGGUGUCGGUGGCAAGCCUGUAACCCUCCAGGUGUUGUUGGCUGCAGUUCCCAUCAUCCUCCGCCAUUGGCCAAGGCUGGCUGGGGCUGAUGACAGGAAUGCAACAACAUCCGCAAGGUCACUCGUUCCCCGCAACUCGCGCAGUGCCUCCUGCAGAAAGUGAUGAUGCAGCCUAUACACCCUUCCCCCACCCCCAGCUGUACACAUAUCUGACAGCACAUACAAUCGGCGCAGGAUAUGACACCUAGAAGCCCCCAGUAAUCUUCCUUUACAGCCGUUGGGCAAAUCGGUUCAGCCCGGUGUUGCGUCGUGAAGCUGGCGAGGAAACGAGGAGGGGGAAGUUUAAGAUUUGGAGCAUGAAAUAUCCCAUAGUGGUGUGGGAGAGGCGGGUCAGGGAGAACCAAAUGUACUUGAAUAAUUAUAUUGGGAGGGGGGAUUUUGUUACCUCAGGGGUUGGGUUUGCGGGAGUGUAAUGUCAUUAAGGGAGGGGCUUGAGUUUUCCCCCAUUGGGGUGGGGUGGGGGGACAAACAGGAAAAUGCAUAUUGCUGUUGGGAUUGGGAUGAUGGGCAUCUGAAGUCUUAUAUUUGGAGUCUUUGAUGUCAUGACUUUGAUGGGGAUUAUAGAGUCUGGAAGUGGAAAUGAAUUGAACUGGGAGGUUGGGGAGGGGAGGAUUCUGAAAUAAUGGGUUUUCGGUGCUUUGAUAAUCUCAAUAUGUGGGGUGUGUUUUUUCUCUGUUUGUUUCACUUCUAAGGGCUUCUGGGGUAUUAAGGAAGCGUGGUUAAUUGUGCAAGAAAACGUUGGAGGGUUUAACUCCUGGGUUUAAACAUCAUUACCUGAGGGGCAGUUCAUGUCUGGAUAGGUUUUGUGUCAGCUACUCUGCAGCCUUGAUUGUUAAUUGUGGGUUGCAUUACAAAUAUGCCAAGACCUGGGUUUGCCCCCUUCUUGGGUAUGUGUCUUGCCCUGUAUUUCUGUUCCCGAAGCCCCACCCAGCAUCAUUCUUUAUUUUCUUCUUCUUUUUGUGACUAAUCUCUUUUUCUACCAGCAUCUUCAGCUGUUCUCUUGAUGCCCAGUGGACUUGCUGCUCAUCUAUUUGGGCAAGUGCCAAAGGGGCCGUGGCAAACAACUGCUGAGAGGUUCUCUGGGUGUCCACAUUUGCCAGCUAAUCUCAUGGUGGUGGAGGAGUUGAACACACAAAUGGUCCUGCUGGAUGGGCUGUCUCCAAUAUGGAGGCAGGCACUCGCGCCAAGAGACCAGGCCCACACUAUGCAUUUCAAGCUCUCUUAAAUCAUGUUAGAACAGCCAUGGCUUCCUCCAGAGAAUCCUGGGAGCUGUAGUUUGUUAAGAGUGCUGAGAGUUAAAAGAGUUGCUAGGAAACCUAUUCCCCUCUCAGAGCGGUUUAACAAUCUUUCUUCCCAAGGAACUCUGGGAAUUGUAGCUCUGUGAGGGGGAAAACAUCUCCAAACAGCUCUCGGUGCUUUUAACUAGCUACAGUUCCUAGGAUUUUUUAGGGGAAGCCAUGUGUGUUAAAAGUGGCAUAGCAUUGCUUUAAAUGUAUGUUGCAAAUGUGGCAUAAAUCAGUCUCUCCUGCUUCUGAAAUGGAGGUGAGCUGUUGGCAGAGGUCCUUAAAGCGUCAAGGCCAGCAAGCAGCGGUGGGUCAGCCUUCUCCUACUCCACCCUCCCACAAAAUCUGCUUCAGGCUGACCUGAGGCCUUCAGCAAUGGCUGCUUUUGUUUCAGGAGGGAGUGAGGGUGGUGAAGUGAUAAUGUUGUUGAGACAGGGGAGACACAAGUCCCUUAGCAAGGCCUCAGAAUUUGUCAGUAGGUUUGCCCCCUCUGUGUCUCUGCAGAGUGCCAUGUUAUUUCAUUGGGAAAUAAACAUUGAACAGUGCAUAUUUCUGUGUUUUGGCAUACACUGCAAGAGAUCCACAGCCCUGGAGCAUAGCAGAGGGUAAUAGGCCCCAAUGGAGGGUACAGCCAACAGCAAUCUCAUCUGGCUGCCAUGAAGCCAGCCUUGUACUGUAACUUGAAGGGUGGCGGUAGCUGUCUUAACAGUUGAAGUUGAUUCACAUGUCUCUUUCUAUGCAAUUGACCCCUUACCGACGCAAUAGUUCCUGUACUUUUUUAAAAUAAAUCAGAUUACCCAUUUUAUAAUUUUUUUUAAGAAAAAAAAAGUUUGAUACAUCUUUUCUGAUCUGUUAACUGUGAAGUUACAGUUUUUUGUUGGUGUGUGGCAAUGAAUUAAAAGAUUUUUUAAAAUUAAA